UGUCGUCUGCUACUGCUGCGUGUGGGCGCCCGAUAGCACGUUGUCGGCGAGCGGCGGUUAGCUGCGCGGCGGCUUUUCCGUUCGUUUGCCUUGGGACGCGGCGGCGUCCUUUUGACAACUGCCUCGCUCGCUGCGCGGAUUCCCUAUCUUAUCUAGCACUCGCCGAGAAAAAGAAAACAGAAAGAGAAAACGUACGAUUCUCUGGAGUGCCCAACGAGUUGUGUGCGCCGCGCACUUGAAUCCGUGUGUGCUUACAUUUGUGGUACAUCGCGUAGUCGCCGGAAGGAUUACCCGACCAGCGGAGUACUGACAGGCGUUUGCCGGUGUGUGCGGCCUAGCUUCAGCGGUGCCUCGCCGGUUGAAUAUAGAGAGUGUGCUAGUGAUCUCCCAUUAGGGCGACUAGUCGCCAUGGCAGCAGUGUUCGGAAAAGUUCAGCAGACAGUGGAUAGCCGGACCUACCUGGCUGAGCUGAUGAGCGAACGUGAAAAACUGUCAGGACACGCCGCUAGGCUGGUGGACCAAGAGAUACAACGGGUACAGAGCCAGAACGGCAGCAGCUCCCGGUCAUCCCACACCUGGGUGCCACCAGGACCCCUCAUGGACAUCCACAAGGGACGCUCGGUGCGACUCCAGGUUCGAGUGCAAGUGCCCGUCAAGGACCACCCGAAUUUCAACUUCGUAGGCAAGCUGCUGGGACCCAAGGGCAACUCAUUGAAGCGACUUCAGGAGGAGACACAGACCAAGAUGGCCAUACUCGGCAGGGGUUCCAUGAGAGACAAAGCGAAAGAAGAAGACCUGCGGAAGCUGAAGGACCCCAAGUACUGGCACCUGCACGAGGAGCUACACGUGGAGGUGAACGCGUUCGCACCGCCGGCCGAGGCAUACAGACGUAUGGCAUUCGCGCUUGCACAGCUCAAGCCCUUUCUAGUGCCCGACUACUACGACGAGAUCAGACAGACGCAGCUUCGAGAGUUGGCACUUCUCAAGAAUGACCGCAAGAACGGGGCGGCGGCCGCGGCGUCCCUCGAAUCGUCACCCUCAUCAUCCCAGGCAUCACUUCCUGCUGCGCCGCCGGCCACAGCGUCGCCUCCAUGCGGGAACGAACUGGUCGCGGUCAAUUCCGGCAACAACGCUUCCGUACUCCAGGAAGCGUCUUCGUCCUGCCGCUCUUCGCCGCCCACGCCUCCGAUGCACCCGGCGCUGCGACCCGGAGUGCCCGGCCUGGUGCUUACGGCCGACGGCCUCUCGCAGCUUCCCCCGCACCUGCAGGUCUCUUCGGCGGGCCUCACCCGAGGCGUGGUCGCCCCUCCGACGACGGCGGCGGCCGUGUCCGCUGCAGCUGCGAAAGCCGCCUACCUCCUGCACGGCUCCAGGGUGCUGCCGGUGCGCUUGUCACGGAAGGGAGCUUUGCGAGCCGCGGCUCUGACGCUGGGCCGUGCAGCCGCGGUUGGAGCGCUGAGGCACGGGGCGGCCGUCGAGCUCAUCUCGGCUGACUGCGCCGACGAAUUUCUCUACGGAGACGAGUAUCCGGAUAACAACUUCGAUGGCAACGUCUACGAGCAAGCGUUCACUACGAUUGAGGAGCAGGGAUUUCCCCGGCAGAACGCAGAAGAUAUGCAGAACAAUGGCUACGCCACGGACGCAGACUUUGCAGAAUGGGCGGAGCCCCCUUUGCGAACCCACUGCCAUCUGCCGGCACGCCUGAAACCUUCGCAGGCGAUGACGCGGAGACUGUACCGCCCGUACGGUCCACUGCCGUCGCGGUUUUGAGGAUCGAUCCGUCAAGUCUCUGCGGAAACGUGGCGGUGACGGUUAAGAUCUCCGCACGGAACCCUUGUGGUGCAGCCAAGGCCAAAGCUAUCACAGUUGUACAUAGCCAGAGUUCCUUUCUUCAUUGUUCACGUGAGGUCUACAGCGGAGAGUUUGACACUUUCACAGGAAUCCCGGUGCAUACCGAAAUUCCUCUCAACAGGCGCAUCGUUAGUUAGUCAGAUUUUACUGCUUUUAAUCGCGGAACAAAGUCUUUUGGAUGAACUCAGUAUCACCUCUCAACAUCAGUGCUGUUGCUGGCAAUGUGUUUCGCGCUCUCAAACACAUGCUGUGGGCUGUUUUGACCAACCGCUUCACUCGUGUAAAUACUGCUUCGAAACAUGAGCGAAUCAUGUAAGCGGCGGAAUAAUUUUCAGCUUAGAGUCAAUUGUAUGGCACGAAGGUGCGCAUGAGCCAUUCAGCCGUCAAGACAGGGGUUUUAUCUGAACUCAAAGUGGCCACGAAGGCAUACCGAAGAACCAGCACAUCUCUUCUAUUUCUAUGUACUGUGGGCUAUUUCUACGCUUUAGUGUGCUAUCUUUACGUCAGGAUUUUAGCUAGUAGAGAUUGCUAAGUAAUUCUGCAUAUUUAAGCCUGUACGCUACGUGUUCGAAUGUAGUGCUGAAAUAUCCCCACGUUUGGUGCUUUUGCCCCCAGAAGAUGCUGUGUCCAGAAAAAAAAAACCUCGUUACUGUGCUUGUCGGAACGCCACACUUACUAUUUUGCUCUUAAGUUUGUAUGUAUGAAGUUUUUAUUAAGUUGUAUGUGAAUAUGGCAACACGUGAAUGUGAGCUUUUCUUCUCUGUGUUCAGACCAAUUGUAUAUUACUUCAAUUUAUGGAGCGGAAGGGUUGCACAUGUGUGCAGAAACAAUAUCUUGUGAUUUUUGCGUCUGAAUAAUUCAUGGUCGCUAAUAUUGACGGUAUUUGCAUUUAUUACUUGUACACGUGGCAUACAACACCCGAGUUCACAAAAGUCCGACUCUGAUGAUCUUACUUGCCUCAAUAGUUAUUGUAAUCUACACCUUUAUCGCAGUAUGUAUGUCAUGUAAAGUAGAAUCAUAGUGAUUUCGUUCUCUGCAGAUACAGCAGUUCCAACGUGACAUAUAUGAAUGAUGGAAUAUGUUGGCAUGCACAAAGGAGGAAAGGGGCUGAAGUUUAGUCCGAAUUGCUUACUUCAUGAGAUAGGAGCAGCGAGAAAAUGUACACCUUCACAACUGCACUUUAUGUGUACAUGUGUGGUAGUACAUAAGUAUUGGUCUCAGAGCUGUUACGAGUGCUGAUGCGAUGUCGUUGAAGUUACUACAUUCUGCCUCAAAUACCGUGUCUAGACUUUGUACUGGAAGCUUCGUAAGACUCACUGGUGUGUCUCUCUUCUCUAACAGCACCAGACAUCAGAGAGCCGAAACCUACCUUGCCCUGUCGGACUUUUCUUUUUUUGUUGCCAACAAUGUAGAGGAGUAGACGUAGUAAUAUCAUACGCUCAAAACUUCCUUGGCGGUUCCAGAAGCCAAACGCGUGCAAAUAGCUUACCACAGAUCUUAAAUAAGGCUCUAUAUGUAUUCGAUGAGUUAGGUCUCGGCAUGAUCACUGCACUGGAGAAAUCAGCAAAUGUGAAGCAUGUAGUGCACAUAAUUUUUGGUGGCUCAGUGCAAAAAGAAACAAAACGGCGUGUGAACGAUGCAUAUAUGUUCAAUGCAGUUCCCUCUUCUGACACGAAAUUUCUAUGUUUGCCUAACAAUGGUGAGCGCAACAUUAACAAGGAAGCAUGCUGGUCGGCAAGGUAAAGUGUAGCUAGAAUUUUUUAGGCAGUAAAGUUCAACCUACGGCCAGCAGAGCAAACAUUUAUUAGCACCAAUUGCGCAUAAGAUAUGAUAAGCUGAGCCCUGGACAAGUACUGAGUAACGUUGUAACUACUGGCACCAAUGACCUCAAGUAAGAUGGGUAUGGUCAGUUUAAAGGCCACGUUUAAGUAAAAAAGAACAUGUCCUGUAGGCCUUAUCGGUACGUUGUUUCAGACGAAAGCAACCUGUCCUCGUUUCCCUCGUGCGAAUUUUCUCACCUCUCUGACUAUCUACAUCGCAUAUCGAUCGGAUCAUUCAGAAUUUCGUCAGGCGUUCUCUAGUCAAACCCGUAUGUUUAGCUUUACUCCGCCUUCUAGGUCAAAACGUGAGUUGUGCAUGCUAAAUAUUCUGGAAAGAACAGUAAAUGCUUUCAUUUCCCCUGAAGGAUCACAACAUUAUUUUUGUCAUAGAUUCCUAAGCCAGCGCUAGAGGUUAAGAGCACAGUUUUUCAUUGGUAGUGCUCGAGCCCCGCAAUUGUGCGCAACGUAAGCAGUGAUGCCCGGAAGCAUGAAAAUUUAAACCGUAUACAGUGAGAUGAAUGUUAUUCUAAUGAAAUGAUGCAAUCUAGUGACAUAGCUUCUUGCAAUGUGACUGCUUAUCUAUAAACAGUUAAUCCAGCAAGCUAUGUUAACCUAAUGCACCCCUUAAAUAUUCCAACUAAUGAACUGAAAUGUUUAACUUUGGUCAGGAAAUGAAGUGCGAAGUCUGUUUUAUUCAAAUUUUUAUAGCUGAUGUUAGGUCGUUUACGAGCAAUAUUUCAGCGAACGGCUAUCGUACGAUUUUUGUGCAUUAAGUCAACCAGUGAACUCGCAUAAGUAUAACAGACAAUAUAUUUAGGCAGGGAAUUCUAUGUUUGUAUGCAAAAAUUACAAAAAAUAAGCUUUUGUGUUCCACAUAUACAUUUCCUAGAAGUGAGUGUUGCAGCUCGUAUAAGCAGCUUGCGCGAGCUGCAACGGUCAUAUUCAGAGUAUCGCGCGUAUUUGAAUUAAAUUUUGUUUCAUAAUUUCGGCUGCAUGAGUCAUCACAAUUCUAAGAAACGCAUUAUCCGAGAACCUGUUCAUUAUGUGCGAUGCUACUGCAUAUUGUGUGCAUAUUUGAGAGUUGUAUUCAGAGGUCAAAUGGCCAAACAAAAAAAUAUAGGAUGGAUCAGUGCAGCUUAAAAAAUCUCGUCAAAAUUCCACCAAGCAUGGAAACCAUGAGGCAGCUAACUGUUCAUUGAUUUAAUGUGUUUCGUCUUUUUACUAUGCGCACAUCUACUAAUCACCCGCCCCAGUUCUUAUCAAUUGACUCUGAUGAACGCAUAGGAUGGUGCGUCUACUUCUGGAUACUGCCAUUUAUGACGUCCGGAGGAAACACUCGCGUGUGGGACUUUUUGCGCCUACGCUCAAAAUCGCAGCGCUCGGUAAGAAUUUUUUUAUAUCUGCGAAGUCCCUACGGAAACCUGCCUGAAGUUCUUACGCAUUUAUUUUCUCAGUAUUGGUAUUGCCUUCGUUAUAAUCAUCUUCUUAGUUUUACAAUGAAACCAUCUUGAAAUGCUACAAACUGUAUUGUCUAAACAGCAUUAUUUGGUCGUCGUAUGAUUGUACAAUUACUAAAGAGUACGCACCAAUGGUCAUCGAAUGUGGAAAGUAUAUUUCGCUCUAACGACUAAGGUUUUGGAAUUGCAGUGACGGAAAUUGUGAGUUAUGCUGCGUACUGUGCGUGUUUUUACUGCAUAAAACCAGUGUUCCUAUUUGCUGUAAGGCUACUACAUUUCUUAGUACUACACAUUGUAAUGUAGUAAGCCUUGAGAUACAUUAGAACUUCCCAAGAUUUGUCUGAUAGACUGUCUUCUGUUUUCCUGCCUAAGACUGUGCGCCAUGUUGGCCACAGAAUGUUGUCCGCGUAGCAGCGCAUACUGCCGAGCUCUAGUGUGUGAUUGCAAAACAUAGCAGUUGAAAGCUCGCUGAGCAUCGGUAGAGAAUUUGCCAUUAUUUCGGUACCUCCAGAAGGGACAUUUUAUUAGCCACAAUGUUAAACAGGCAAUCCAUCCUUGCAAACGCUUGGGCUUGAAUAACAAGCUUUACUGUAUAUAGAUGUAGCCGCUCUGUAUGGUGCUGUCGCCUUUACAAUCAACUGAGUGUUUUGAAUUGAUUUUUUGUCUUGUUUUCUACGACGUCACCUUAAAUGGAGACAACAGUUGAACAGUGACUACGGCUCUGCGUUAAAUAUCACCUAUUUCAUUCUUUCUCCCGAGCUCAGCGGACGUUGAUAAAAAGAACUUAAACCACCGUGAAGGCAUGUCUCCCAUUUUCAAAGGUAUAUGGGCAUUAGGCCCAACGAUUACCUCACGUACGGCUGCCUUCUUCAAGCGAUGUUCGGCAAGCCAGUUUGGAUAUAAACGUGUGACUGAAGUCUGCUGAAGCAUCGAACAACGCAGUCGAUGUAAAAGGGCAGGACGCGAUGCUAAAGCACUUGAAUUUACACUGCACUGGGCAUUAUUGUGAAUUGCGGAUUACAAAUAUAAAGGGCAUUCCGAACAAAGCUGACUCGUGAACUUUGCCAUCUAAGAAGAAUACAGAAGGUGCUGAAAACUUUGGCGAAUGCACAGAAAGCUGACUACAGCAUCAUAUUUCAUUUCUUUGCUCGUAAUUUCUGGUAUUUUCACCUGCUAUGUUUAACGUCCUACUAUAUUCAGCGCGCAUACUGUGUUCAGAGCUCAGCGAGCACGAAUUGCGUUCAAUACGGCCUCUCUGAUAGGCUUGCGCGCCGUGACGCGAUUAUAUUUCUUGCUGCUGUAGGAAUGCCUCGACUGCGCUGCGUAAGAAUUUAUGCAAUUCAUUCAGUUCAUUCAUACCCGAUCAGUAGAAUAUAACAGGGUUCGAAUACACGAAUCGUUUCGUUCGCGAAAAGCGCAUUUCGCCGGCUGGCUUUGCUCCUACCAUACCUCCAUCACCACUCUUCUUUAGCAUCUACUCUUACAAAUGCUUAUAGCAUCAAAACAUUUUUGCGGACUGAUGUUAGCAGGCGCACGGUUAUCUUUAUUUCUACGUUUCUUUUGUUCUUCUGCUUGUUUUAUGACCGCGCUUAAUAUUACGAUAAAAAAAACAGAAACAAACAAACGUGCCAUAUCCAGCGUGGCAGGACGAUUGGUCCAGUGGAGUUUAUGAAUCUUUGAAGUAGGUUGCGUUUCGAAAGAAGCAUAUUCUGCCUGUUUAGGCGUUUUUACCACGACUGUUCUCGUAGCGAAGUUACUGUGCUGCAUAUUUUAGUUGUGUGUAUACAUACGUAUGCUGCAUUCCCACUCCUGGGAUAAUUUGCAACCGUUUACUCUCUGUUUAAUCAAAGGAAGCGUGUUCGGUCGCCAAUGUGCUUUACUGGAAAAAUGAAAUCAACUGCAUUUCAAUUAUUGUGACCUUGCGACCGAAGUUGUAGGUAACUGCCAACAGUUCUGGCCAAUAUAUGUAAGCACUUCGCCUCAGCGCAUUCUUAUCUUUGAUGAUAAUGUUCAAGUGCAAUAUUUUGUAGGCUUCUGUAUGCUGGUAUGAGAUUUUUUUAUCUUUAAGACUAUGUGUAAUGAAAAAGAAUGCAGAAUUCCUAAUGUAUUAUUUAUUCAGUACUUGAGACAAUAAUACACGAAGUUGUGGCGAUGCCAUAGUGUUUGGCUGAAAAACGCAAGCAGGAUGGCACGGAGGCUACAACAAAUGACCAGUGCGCAAACUUCGAAUUGGGGUUUUGUUAUCGUAACUGCAAAAUACGAAGCGUAAACACACCGCAGGAAAGCAUGCAAAUUCGUGGCCGGAUGCUGAUGCAGCAUCACAAAAUAACGUUUCGUCGCACUGUUUAAUAACCCAUAUAUGCCCAGUGUCUUAUAUAAAGGACGCUUCUUUGAUGCACUCUAACAUCCCUAUUUCUUCAGCUGAUGACUAGCGCCACCUACAUAACAUCAAGCAGGCCUCAUUCUCAACGUGUGCAAGCCUAGACAUUGCUUGCUUUUCAUGCUGCCAUGUGCCGACCGCUUUCUCCGGGCAAACGCGUGCUUUGUGUGAAAGACGUCAUAGGGAGGAAGUGCAAUGUCGGUGUGCACAUGAAAUGUUUCAAGGCUCACCACACCCGCACAUAGCACCCCUAAUGCCCAGUGUCCCAUAUGUAUAUGUAUAGGACGGCUGAAAAACAGUGUUGCGUUUACCUAGCAGUAAAUAAAGAACUUGUGCUUUCUUUUGAGGGUAUAAGUACACUUUUUUAUGAAAAAAAUAUUUGUUUUAUUAUUUUUUUCUGAGUUUGGGCAUAUAUCGGAUAAAGAAGGCGUCGGUGAUAUUUCGUUUAUCCUUCUCUUUGUGCCUAGCGAUUGCGCACGGAGUCUGUCUCAAAGGUCAUGGGUUCGAUGCCCUGAAGAGUAACCGCGUUCCAAUGCCGGUGGAAUGCAAAGUCUCUCCUCUACUCAGCCAACAUGUUAAGUAAACAGCAGGUGAUGACAGUAAAUUCCGAGUUGUCAAUUAACGGCCAUGUAUCACAUAUAGCCUGCGGACAAGUGGAGCCAAUAGCUUGGUCAAUGAAUCAAUCACUCCCUCGUUAUUGUUGCUGAUAGUCGCGUUUACGUUUUUCUCAUGUUUCUUUUUAAAAACGAUGCUGGUUAAUUGGGGCCCAACGUAAGCUGACGUCUUGUGCGCGUAUACUGCGGAUGUGCUUGUGCGUUUUAUUUAUGCCCUGUACAUAUAUUUUGUCACGCGUUUCCUGUGCGUAGCACGAGAUAUCCACGUAGUGCGCACCCGCCUGUGUCUGUGAUGAACGGUAUAUAUAAGUUGUUUGUUGUUGUUUCGUGAGCGAGACGCCCCGGUGCGCUUGUGAAAUGCCUGUGUGUUUGCUCCGAAGGCGAGAUUCACUUUAUGCUUUGACCUGACUUUAGUGACCACACAUGUUGAAACUUUGUUUCCGAAUAAACGACCUUGUUUGCCACUCAGUACAUGGCCC